GCGGAGAAUGAGGAUUGCCAAGUAAAGGAAUAAGGUGGGAGAGAACCUGCUAGAUCAGAAGAGCAGCAAAGGGCAGGGGGUGUGAAGUUUCAGAUGCAGAACUUGCAAGAACUUACUACAUUGCAUUGCCCAAGAAGUUCAUAAUGCUUGCCGCUAAAGCUAAGAAAAAGUAUUAGCUUGUAGCCAUGAGAAGAAGUUAGAUUGUCUAUUAGCAUUCUUUAGAGAUAGAAGACGACGUACAGGAACUAAAGUCCAUCAUUCUCCAGGUUAGAAGUUCAUAUAGCACGUUGAUUAUGGUUUCUUAUAAUAUUUAGCCAGAUCUGUAGAAUUCAUGGGCAUAAGAAGAGCCGUCAGCAACUGUGACAUGGACAGGUGGCCGUGAACAUCGAGUAACCCCACUAACAGGAUGGAGCAUACACUCCUGCCACCAGCUCUCCUGAGUCUAGAUGCUCUACUGGACCUCAUGCUCUGCGUGUGUCACGAGUUGGUCACAUCGCCAUUGGUCAGUGAGAACCAUAUAGCAGAUUUUCUACACUGGGCUGAGCCAUUAGUCCAGAACAUACGGGAGCAGAGGAUGAAAAGAAGUGACUUUGACAUCAUUAAAGUGAUUGGACGGGGAGCAUUCAGUGAGGUUGCAGUUGUGCGGAAGAAAAGCAACGCUCAGGUUUACGCCCUGAAGAUAAUGAACAAGUGGGACCUUCUAAAAAGAUCAGAUGUUGCCUGCUUUAGAGAAGAGCGAGAAGUUCUGGUGAAUGGAGACAAGAGAUGGAUAACGCAGUUGCACUUUGCCUUUCAGGAUGAUAAUUAUCUUUACCUUGUGAUGGAUUAUUAUGUGGGAGGUGACCUUCUAUCCAUGCUCAGUAAGUUUCCAGAUGGGUUUCCUCUACACAUGGCAAUCUUCUACCUGGCUGAGAUGAUCAUGGCUGUUAAUUCUGUCCAUUCUCUGGGUUACAUACAUAGAGAUAUAAAGCCAGACAACAUGCUGUUAAACCGGUCAGGACAUAUCCACCUUGGUGAUUUUGGUUCUUGUUUGAAAUUACGCCAAGAUGGCACGGUGUCCUGCUCUGUUGCUGUUGGAACUCCUGACUACCUAUCCCCAGAAAUUCUUCUUGCCCUUGAAGACCAUACCUUGUCUUACAGUGUUGAAUGUGAUUGGUGGUCUAUAGGGGCCUGUGCCUACGAGAUGUUCUUUGGACACCCUCCCUUUUAUGCAGAAUCUGUUGUGGAAACAUAUGGAAAGAUUCUUCACUAUAAAGAGCACUUUAACUUUCCCUCCUCAGUGAGUGACCUACCACCAGAGGCCUUAGAUUUCAUCUCAUCCCUAAUUUGUGACCGUGAAACCCGCCUGGGCGUUGGUGGACUCCAGGAUUUCCAAACCCAUCCACUAUUUGUUGAGAUCGACUGGGAAAGGUUGCGGGAAUGCACUCCACCUUUCGUUCCUGAGUCAACGGGAGCCACAGACACUUCCAAUUUUGAUAUCGUAGAAGAUAAGCUAUCAGAAAUGAUCAGUGGGGGCGGAGAAACCAUAUCGGAUGUUGGGGACAGCUCUCCUCUUGGAGUCAACCUUCCUUUUGUUGGCUACUCAUAUACAUUCAGGGAGGACGGCAGGGAUCAUGUUUGGGGAAACUUGAGAAACGCAUGUGCAUGUAAAUUGGGAUCACAUCCAGACCUUCAAAAAAUGAGCCAUGGGGAGAACUUGGAAUCACAUUUGGAUCCCUCCUUGUUAUCUGAGUUGCGCAAUGCUCUGCAGAGUGAGUCAGAGGCCAGGGAGGCUCUGUCUUCUGAAAUUAGCCUCCUUCAAGCAGCCAAUCAGAGCCUGGCCAGUCGCCUGUAUGAAGCUGACCAGUUGAACUCUGAACUCCAGAGCAAAAUCUGCUCAUUGGAGCAGCAACUAAAAGACAGAGAGAGAGGUGAAGAGGAAGGAGAAGAAAGAGAAAAACAUUUCCUACCCCGAAGAUGUGAAACCUGCAAACAGAAAUCUGAACCUACCUCUAGGAUUAGACAACUAGAUAGCUGUAUACCUUCCUAUUGCCACCCCUUAGUGACACCAGUUCACCGUCACAUGCUGCUCUUCUCACGGGUACCUAAACCCAACUCUGGCUGGGUAGGAUAUCUCCUGCACCUGAGCAUGUGGUCCUUGAAGUGGAUGGUGCCUCCAGUCCUCUGAGUGACAUCUUUGAGAUACCAUUUUCAAAGACAUUAAUAACAGAGAGAAGGAGUAAAAAAAAAAGUGACGUGUCAAAAACAUCUAAUGACCCUUAAUAGCACUGUGUCCAUGUUUACCAUGCGCCCCAGACAAUAGUGCCUGCUUGCUUGUCAGGCUGAACAAAUGGGUUACAAAGUUGUAGUUUUUUUCACCUAUUGGCUGCUGACCUUACUAAAACCAAGCUUACCGUCCUAACUGUUUUCAAGAUGGUUGGGUUUUGGUUAUUGGAUUGUUUUUGGAGGCCAUGCUUCCCAUUAGCUAUUAGAUAUACUGAUACAAUUGGCAUUUGUGCAUUGUCGGAUUGGGGGUUCCUUGGCCCAUCAGAGGAGAUGAUUCUGAAUGACCGCUUUCCAUCCAUUUUAAUUGCAUCAUGAAUUUGUUACAUUUUUGAAUCAACUCCUAAGAAUCCUAGUAGCAAAUGAUUGUCUCCAAAGUCAGCUCCAAAUGGGGUUGGACCCCUUUAAUUGUGCCAGAACCUGGGCCGACCAGAAAGAAAGUCCUCCAAUCCGACUCUGUAUUUGUGCAUACUAGAUUAAGGAACAAUAACAUUUCUGCAAGUUCCUGCAGGGCAGCCCAGCUAAUUCUAUAGCCUAACUCCCCUGACAACUUUCACAUACAAAAAUUAGUAGUACGUACUUUUGCAGAAUCUGCUGAUAUCUUUUCUUUCAGCUCCCCUUUCGUCUCUGGGCUUUCUGCAGAUUUGGAUUCUGCAGGGGUUUCUUCCUGCUGUACAGGGGACUCCCUCUCUGUGCCACACAGACUUGUUCUAGGCUCGUCUAACACAUAAAACAGGAGACAUGAAAUGGCUACACCAUAGAUUAGUGAUGGCGAACCUUUUAGAGACCAAGUGCCCAAACUGCAACCCAAAACCCACGUAUUUAUUGCAAAGUGCCAACAGGGCAAAUUAACCUGAAUACUACAGUCCAAUAGAGUAUAUCUUCCAUUUAGCUAUAAUAGCCUGCCUACAUUCAAUCCAGACCCCCCCAGGCAGGCCCCCUGUCCAACAUACAACAUAUACAUUUACUACACUUUUUUGACACUUGAUAUGCAUAUCAAAAGUAUUGAUAGCGGGGGUCCCAGCUCUGAAACCCCUGGUGUUCUCUAUAACGAGCAGUCUGAAGCGCUCAGCAGAGUGCUGCUUCUCCUCACUGCUGGAUGAUGAAGAUGUCCCAUAGACUUUAUAUUGAGACUGUCUUCACUACAGCGCUCAGCGGUAUGGAGAAGCACCGCUCUGCUGAGCGCUUCAGUGGGGGUCCCACCUCUGAGACCCCCGCUAAAGCCCACUGCCCACCACUGAGACAUCAAGGCCGCUUACCGUGCCAGGUGCCUCUGGGUGAAGAUCGCACACCACUGCAGGAGCCUCCCCCACCACAUCUAGAAAGCGGUGUGCCGAAUGCUCCAGCAGCCCGCUCAAAGCAACCAAUAACAAAGCUCCUUUUUGCAGGUCAUGCGUGCCCCCAGAGAGGGCUAUGAGUCCCCCCUCUAGGUUCGCCACCACUGCCAUAGAUUAUGUCUCUUCAGAGUAAAAAAGCAUGGGUAAAAGGUGGGAGAACAUGGGUUAUGCGUUAUGUGUGGGCAGAGAGGGAGGUUUGCAGGAGGCAUUAUGCCUAAAACAAAGUCAGCUGGGAGUUGUAGUUCAUAGUAAUAGUCUUCUUCUAAUGAGAUUAUCCAUAAUCCUUAUCUGCAUGACGUGUGAUUUGUUUCACUGUCACAGUCUUAACACAAACGCACAGACACACAUAAGAAUACAUACGCACAGACAGACCUCACACGCAUUGUGGUAAUAGAUCUUAAAAAGCACAAUUUCUGAGUAAAGCAUCCUUUCCGACCAUCCGCCAUAUCUGGGAAUAAACCGUGCCCAUCUUAUGUCUUAAAAGUAGUAACACUCCCAUGUUACCCACGGCUUAGUGUGAUAGGCAGGAAUUGUAAAAACUGGUCCUGCCCAAAAACGAACAAAUGACCGUAGGGAUUGUCCCCAGUUCCCCACAUGCCUUAGGUGUGUGACAAUUUUGGGCAAUGUCAAUGUUCUUAUUUGCACUAGUUUUUAUAAAUCUGUAUCGAUUUAUGUAUGAUGAUCUAUUUAAGUACUCUACUCUCAUACAUUUAUGGCAUAUGCACAGGGAGCAUCCUGUAGCUAUACCAUAAAUUGUUCAGGUGGUAAUAACCUUUUAAAGAGAAUGAAAAAAAAAAAUCCUGUUAAAGGGGUUAUCCCAUGAUUUAUGUAAAAAAUUAAAAUCAGACAUCAUAUAGUACAUGAGAAUCUCUUUCUAACAAAGCUAUCACAACAGCCAUGGCCUUUUCGUACAUGCAUUUCUGAUUAGCUCUACAAUAUUGCAUCCCCUGCCCUAAUAUGUCUACAUCAUUCUCAGGAGCCUGAGAAAAUUGAGUAAAAAUUGCAGUGGGAGCUGUAAGACCUCCCUGAUGUAGACCAGACUCUUCUGUCGUAGGUUUCUGUUUUCUUAUAGCCUAUAAGCUUUAGCUUUUUCUUUGAGAAAAGUUAGAUCCAAGGCAAAAAUUACUUUAUAAUGCGAAGUGUGGUACUUAGGGUACCGUCAUAAACACCUGUUUUGGCAAGUUAAGAGGAAAGGGUGUUCUGGUAGGGUAUCUACCUAGGUUCUUUGUACCUACAAACCACUGUGCCUUAGAUACAGGGCAGCAAACCAAAUCUUGGUUUUGGUUGAGUAUUGAUCAGAUCCGGUGUUGUUGGGAAUAAGAUUUUUAGAAAUUCCAUUCACAAUUUUUUUUUUAUUUUUUUUACACACAGCAUACCAUUUUUGGCUAGGUGUAUGAGCCCUCAGAGGGAUCUCCCAAGACAAACAAGUCAGAUCAUAGAAAUUCAAAGGUGAGAAUCUAAAUUCUGAGACUCUCACAGGUCCAGUGUAUACACAUAUACAAAAAAAAUUAAAAAAUCAGUCAUUGCAGCAGGGGAGGUCAAUCUUCUACAGCUGGCCAAUAUUUGGAGUAGAGAGCGUCAUCUUUAAAAAUUGGCUCAUAUUUAGGACUUUAAGGGUGUGUUCUCAUGGUCCAACCUUGGCAAAAAAAUAAUAAUGAUAUGCCGCAACAUGUGAAUAUACAAUAAUAGCAAUAGGUACGCCAGUGCAGCACCAUCAUCAUCAUGUCAGCAGUUGUCCGAUCUGGAUCAGUAGCAGAGGAAAGCUGUACAAAUCCCACCCUGGCUGGAGUCCUCUCAGUAGGUCUUCUUCAUACUUUAUUAUUAGCUACUGCUGGCCAUAGGGUUUUAUGAGUAAUUACCUAUUUAUAGGACUUGCUUUUCCAGCAAGGAAUGCGGACAUACAAACAUGACCCAUUUCAUUAGGGAGGCAUUUGUUUUGACUGGUAUUUCCCACGCAUUUCAGUGCUGUUAUGCGGCCUCCAUAAAAGACUGCUUUUCAACAGUUCAUUAACGGAAAUGGACCAAUGUUAUAUUUGUAUAACUGGGUAUGGGCAGCAGGGACAAUGUGUACUUUUUCACAGUUGGUAUAGCUAUAGGGAGUGCAGAAGUAGUAGUCACAACCGGACCCUGAUGCCUGUGGGGCCCUCUGCCACAUAAGAAUACACUAGUAUUAUAAAUAGAACACGAUAGCUAAGGUACUGUGUUACAGAUUUCACUUUGGGCCACCAGUAUUAAAAGCAGAACAUGAUAGCUGAGGAACCAAGCCAGAUUUCACUUUGGGCUAACUGUAUCAUAAAUAGAACAUGAUGGCCGAGGGACCGUGUUACAGAUUUGACUUUGGGCCACCAGUAUUAUACGUAGAACAUUAUACCUGAGGGACCGUGUUACAGAUUUCACUUUGGGCCACCAGUAUUAUAAAUAGAAUAUGAUAUCUGAGGAACCAGCUACAGCCUUGACUUUGGGCCAACUGUAUCAUAAAUAGAACAUGAUGGCCGAGUGACUGUGUUACAGACUUUACUUUGGGCCUAUGCACAUUGUAGGAAAUUUAUCGAUUUCAUGGAGCUUUUUUUUUGAAAGACAUCUUUAACUUUACCAUAUCAUACCAUUAUCAACCAGUAUACAGCAGAUCGGCCACCCACAGAUGAGAACAGGUGGGUCCAGGUGGUGUUAUGCAUAGAAGAAAGGUGGCCCCAUAAUAAAAAUCAAAAUGGGCCAAUCCAUGAUGUGGUGCUGUGUUUUGCCACCCUGGACAGAGUAGUCCGCUGUCUGUUUCCACACCAUUUUCAUGCCCAUUGGGCCAGUUCUGCAGUCUUUGAAUGAAGUUUCUCUGUAGAGUACUGUCCUCCAUAGGCUCUUAUCACCCAGUAGCUAAGGGGAUGGAGUGGGCUUCUACCUCCAAGGACCCCAUAGCACCCACUUGUUCUGCCUCUAUAGCAUUUUAUGCAUUUGGGUCCAGGCACUAAUGUGAACAGAGGCAUGGUCAGCAGCAUUCCAUUCAAAUCAAUUAAGGUCUUUUAGUUAGUAGGUUUCUUGGCCUGUGGUCCAAACACUUACCGUACAUAGACAGUGGGUACACUUUUCUUCAAAUGAGACUUAGGACUAGAUUUUUGGCAGAUUCCCAGUGACCUGUCCUGCUUAGGGAUUUAUUACAAGGACCAGACGCUGGUUUCAUUUGUUCCAGAGAACUUUUAAAUAGAAUAAGCGGUGGCAAGAGGCCCAGAUUCCAAGAGGGGCUUCUAUCUUUCCAGUGAUAUUUAGGCAAAGUAUAUAUGGGACAAUUAAAGGAAACCUAGCAACCAAGGAACAUCCAUUGACAACAACAGUCUCAAGUUAUCGUCGUUUUUUCCUGUUCUAUGUAUGAGUCUAUAUAUCUUAUGACUGAGGUGGAAAAUAUACAGCAUAUAAGGCCAUGUACUGCAGCAGGGUUAUACGUGGCCAACUAUCUAACCCACCUAAAUACAAGAAGACUUGAUAGAUAUAGGCCCCCUGCCACAUAACACAGCAGUAUUAUAAAUGGCACAUUACAGAUUCUGUAUUGGGCCUAGGUGCUCCAAAUUAGGCUUCCUCUUCUAUAACAUCCCAUUGGUGCCAAAUAUAUAGUUUUUCCCCCCGUGCUGUCAGACCAAAACAAUAGGAUAUUGCCACUCAGUGUCUUGACCUACUAGAUUUUUGUCUUACAGAUCUGUCAAUUUUAGAAAAAUCUGCCAACAGCCAAAUGCCAACGGGUGCCCCUAGAUGCCAUAUUUCGAUCAGAUAGGUAGGACAGAUUUGUACCUAUGUCACCCUGUCAUUUACACUUUCUGCAUUCGUAUGUUCAUUCCUCAAAAGUUAGAACAUGUCCUAUACUUUUUUUUCUGAUACAGUUUUCUGAGCUAGAGCAAAAAGUGUAUUCCAGUAGGUCAUCAGUAUCAAAAUCUCAGAAAACCCCUUUAAUUUCUAGGUGGAAAACUGUGCAUGAAAUUUUCAAAAUCAUAUCUACUUUGCAGGCAGUGUAUUACAUAAAAAUCAUCACGGAAAAUCCAUGCGUAAUGCAAACAAAGUACGUAUACCCUCAGGGUUGUUUCCACAGGGAGGCCCAAACCUUAAAGAAGCAGUCCCACAAGAUUUUUAUUCUCUGAUCUGUUAGAAAAGUCCUGUAGCGAGGGUAAUCAUCUUACCAGUGACUGUAUUUGUGAGUUAUCCCCUCCCUUCUGAUCCUCAGCUGUGUCAUGUGAAAAUCUGACUGCCCAAAUAAGGCUACAUGCACACGACCGUUGUGUGUUUUGCAGUCCGCAAAACACAGAUGGCGUCCGUGUGCGUUUCGCAAUUUGCGGAACGGCACGGACAGCCAUUAAUAUGACUGUCUCUUAAUAUGACUGCCACGGAACAGAGCAACGGAUGUGGACAGCACACGGAGUGCUGUCAGCAUCUAUUGCAGCCCUAAUGAAGUGAAUGGGUCCGCAUCCAAGCCGCAAAAACUGCGUCUCGGAUGCGGACAAAAACCUUGGUUGUGUGCAUGAGGCCUAACAGCAUCUUGUGUGUGGACAGGAAGCCAGUUUCUCUAUAUAUUCCUAUGGAAGCCUGAUUGUCAGUCUCAAAGGAAGUAUUAGAAAAGUAACUGACUUCUAGUCCUGUGUCAGUUGGAGAUCAGAGUGCUGGUCACAUGACACAGCUAAGGAUCAGAAGCGAGGUUAUAACUCUCAAAUACAGUCACUGGUAAGAAGAUUGCCUUCACUACAGAAUACAUUAUGCACACUUUUAACAGGUCAGAGAGUAAAAAAAUUUGUGGAAGUGCUACUUUAAGGGUAGAUUUUCUGCUGUAUAAUUGCAGUUGCUGUAUAAUCCACAGCAACAUCAAAGUGAAUGAGCUUUUAUGAAAUCCAGGCAAAAAUUGACCUGCGGAACGAGUUUCAAAUCUGCAGCAUAUGCAAUGUAUAGAUUGAAAUCUGUGGCAAAUCUUAGAUUUUGUUUUCUGCAAUUACGUUCAUGUGAACAUCCCCUUAGGUAACACAGACACAUUUUAACUUCAGUAUUACAUUUUUCAAAUCUACCGGACCCAACGUAGAUUAUGAUAGAACCCUAUAGACAUUGAUCUGAGCCGUUCAGUACCAGGUGGGUGGGGGGCAGAAUGGUCUGGAUCUUAUCCAUAUCAGGGAUGUUGAAAAUGAUAGCCUAUAUGAAACUAACACUCUGAGCAAGUUGUCAGCAACCUUGGCCACUUUUGAAGAAUGUAUAUUAGGAAGUGUUUUUUGGCUUCUUAAAAUGCUUAUACAGCGAUUUUUCAAAAUAUAGUGCUCUUAGCCUUUUUCGUUAACUAGUUUCUUUAAAAAAC